AUGCCUAGGUUUUCUCCACACUUUGCAUAUACCUGUACAGGAGUUCAAAUCUUUCACCCUGAUAUCACUCAGACUUGUUACCCUAAUCGAUAUCAUGUCAAGCUGCGAUGUUUACCACGUCAUAAAGUGAAGUCGUUACUGAAAUGUGUUGAUAUUGGUGACGAAGAACUUAUCUCUAACAAGAUAGACAACAUCAUGCAAUCAGAUGAUCAACAAUCGGAAUCUUUGCCGGAAGAGUUUAUUACCAAUUCUGAUCAGAUAAUUACACAACAAGAUGAAUUAUCAACGCCUAUAGUAAAGCGGAAGCGAGGUCGACCGCCUGGUAGUAAAAACAGAACUAAGGAACAAAUACUAAAUUCAAGUAGUAAAAAGGUAUUUGGUGUCAUUGAUCCGGAAACAGGGCAAUUUAUUAAGAGGGGAAGAGGUAGACCCAGAAAAAAUACGAUUCCAAUUAUAAUGGAUAAUUGUAAAACGACAUCAAGUCAUCGAAGAAAAGGCGAAAAUCACAGUAGUAAUAUUAUGAAAGUCAAAAAUAUAAAGCAAUCGCCGAUUCUAUCCAAAAAGAAGACUACUAACGAUAGUCAUAAUAGAUACAGUGCGCCAUCAGAUGCAAAUCAUAUAUUACCAUCAUCGCAUCUUAUCUCUCAAAACAAUAACAUUGGCAGUCAAAGUAGUUUACUACCUUGUGUACGACCUAAACAAUGGAUCUGCUCGCUAUGUGGGUUUCCCAGUAAUUAUUCCAUCUUGGGUGCCCUAUAUGGUCCUUUCCACUACAUGGAUGGUCAUUUUGUUAAAAAUAAUCACCAAUCUCAACAAUCAGUGAACCGACGACUAGACUCAACUGGUAUUGUUGAUAACCGAAAUGCAGGUAGUAAUAUUGCAAAUGUAACUUCUCUCUCUGAAAAAGAACGAGAAGAAAUCUGGAUUCACGAAGAUUGUAUAGUUUGGUCGCCUGGUGUCUAUCUGCUAGGAGACACAGUUGUCGGUCUAGUUGACGCUGUUAGAGUUGGUCGAACUAAUAAAUGCUCCGUUUGUGGUACAUUCGGAGGUACGAUAGGUUGUCUGUACAAGGGAUGCAGUCGUAAAUAUCACUUCUUGUGUUCAAGGCAAAGCGAUUGCCUCUUGGAUGAAGAUAAUUUUACCCUGGUUUGCUCUAAACACAAGGAUUGCAAACAUAAUAUGCAAGCGCUGUCACCUGAUGCAAUUACUUGGAAGAAGGCAUUUCUAAAGAGUUAG